UUUUGGGAGUGGGCUCCUCAUAACCUUUGCAAUAGUGGGGGCGUGGCUGGUAUGCAAGAUCAACAGAACUCCAACAACAAUAGCAGCUCUCUGAUAUCUCUGAGGGAGUGUUCUACUGUCCAUGACUUGUAAUGGAUGCUUCAGUUGAACCAUCACCUCGUUAUGGCCAAUUCUCUGCAGUUGACGGACGCCAUUACAUGUGGAGGGGGUAUGGUCCAGGACGAGGGUCUAACAUCAUUGCUGUGUAUGAUCCAAGCACUGAGCUGUGGAGCCUCUUGCCCACCACUGGACCUCUACCCCCUGGAGAGGCAGUUGGUUGCUCUGUUUGUGUAGGUCGUUGCCUGUACACCUUUGGUGGUAGUGAUGAGUCUUCUUACUUCAAUGACAUGAGCAAGCUUGAUCUGGACACUCUCCAGUGGACCAAAGUUCAAACCUCUGGUAGUCAGCCUAUGAAAAAGACUGGUUGUGGACUUGUCCGUGUGAAUGAGAGAACUCUGUGCUGCUUUGGAGGAUUCGGUAUUGAGGGCACCACCCAACCAGGAUCAACAUUCACCAAGAUUGGAUACUCUGAUGGAAGGGGAUGGACAAACAAGUUUCAUUUCCUUGACACACAAAAUGGUGUCUGGUCGUCCCCUGAGCUCAGAGGAGAGAGACCUCCCUGUAGUAAUUUCACCUUCACCAUGGUAGACCAGCACAGGGCAGUCCUCUUUGGAGGGUGGCAAUCUGGCCGUAGUAGAGUCAAUGACGUCUACUUGUUUAAUUUCAGCACCAUGGAGGUCACUAAGGUGAAGCCAGUACAGGGAGAGCCAUGGCCAGUGGAGAGGUCAGGCCAUGCUGCCUGUUGUCUCAACUAUGGCCAGGACCACCCUCAACUACUGGUGUACGGAGGACUGGAUAAUGGCAACAAGCCACUGGGGGACAUGUGGAUAUUGGAUGUAGACACUGUCCAGUGGACAGAGGUGACACCUCCUGAGUCAAUGACACCACGUCACUACCACUCCAUCACUGCCACCAGUCUUGGACCAGGACUCACUGAGGUCCUCGUGUUUGGAGGCCUGCGGGAGAGGCUGGGAGAUCAUGCCAUUGCUGAGACCACCAUACUGAGAUUUGAAAUGAGGCUCUUGGCUGAAGUACGACACCCCAACCUGGUGCAGUUCAUUGGGGCAGUGUUUGACCAGUCCCCUCCUCUCAUCAUCACCGAGCUUCUGGACAUGAAUCUCCGACAAGCGUACGAAGAAAAUCAACUGGACCCAGGAAACCGCCUCUCGAUAUUCAUGGACAUUGCCCUAGCUCUGAACUACCUGCACCAGCGCUACAAUCCCAUCAUCCACCGUGAUGUGAGUGCUCCCAACGUCCUCCUCCAGCGAAUGCCCAACCACCAGUUGAAGGGGAAGGUCUCUGACCUGGGCUCAGCCAACUUCCUGCAGCAUGCUCAUACGAUGGGAGAGGGGGCCAUAAUCUACUCCCCUCCUGAAGUCAUCCCUCAAGCCUUUGAUCCUCUCACUCCACCUCUGAGACAGUCUGUCAAGAUCGAUGUGUACAGCUACGGUAUUGUCCUCUGUGAGGUUACCGCUAGUCGAUUCCCAAGUGCUGAACAUUAUCGAGACAUGAUUCUCCAAGUACAGAGGCAGCGUCCUGCAGUGUACGAGCUGAUACUCCACUGCACUAAGAGAGAGCCCAGCCAUCGACCCAGCAUGGCACAGGUGAUGGUGGAACUGAACAAAAUAGCACCCUUUUAACUAUGAACAAUGUGAACACUAGUACCGUCUUUGUAUCGAAUAUUGAUUUUAAUUACUUUAUGAUUUUUAUUUUUAGCUUUGGCUUUUGUAGUGUGUGUUUGCACUCUCCUAUUAUGAUGAUUACUAUUGAC